CCACGAGUCAGUUCUACAGCUCGUCAUCUCACGCAUCGAUUGUCAUGUUGAACGCGAGCCAACCUACCGUCGACAUUGUGACCGAUCGGACCACACACGCUCUCGAGGAGCCACCUGGCGCAAUACUUGUCGGCGUGUUUAUACAGUUUUUCUUCCAGGGUAUCAUCGUCAUCGAAGCUGGGCAGUACUACGAGGUGUGUUAUGAAGAUUCCUGGGGUCGUAACUUUUUUGUAGCGUUCGUUACUCUGCUUUCUGUUGCACAGACGGCGUUCGAAGGAUACAUAGCUUGGAAGGCUAAUGUAGACCGUAAGACGCUGUUGAUGAUUCCGCAAGCAUGGUUCGCACUUUUCCUGAACGGUUUCAUCAGUGGAACGAACAAGCUCUUCCUCCUCCGACGCUGCUGGCGGGUUACGAAAGGAAGCUGGUGGAUAGCCGUCUUGUUCGCGUUCACGAUAACCACGUACGGCGCGAAUAUUUUGAUCGCGGUGGCUUUUUCACGUCUGAGCGCCGUCAAUCCCAAGCCUAGCGACGUCAUACUGAGCGUCAUCGCAUUUUCGUAUUGGACAACGGCGGUGCUCGUGAUCGAUGUCAUUCUUUCUGUUAUCCUCGCUUACUUCUUAUGGAAAAACAAAACCGGCGUGCACCAUCUCGACAGAGCACUCCUACGUUUCUGCGCUGUCGCCACAGAAUCUGCAAUCUGGCCAUCGCUCUGCAUUGCCGUUUGCGCAGGACUGUUCUUCUCGCAUAACAAAAACGCCAACCGUCUAGUUUUCGUAUUCUUGCUUCAAACAGGCAAGCUCUACACCUUGUCGAUCCUCCGCACGUUAAACGCAAAAGUCAAGCUACGAGAAAGAAUGAAAUCAGACGACUUUGCGCGAGGCUCGUUGGGAAACUGGUCUUGGCGACAAGCUGACUCGGGAGUGGACCGGGAGAUGUCUAUGUCUGCAGCGGUGAGUGAACUGCGAUUUAAAAUGUGCAUAUGUGGAUGAAUGUCUGCGUUAAGCACGAGUGGUCUUCGUUCCGGGCGGCAACGAGUGGACGCCUGUCGUCGAUCUCGAUUGGGCCGUCGGAAAGGAAUGUUAUGGAUAGUCGGAUGUCUGUGCUUGAUCAGCACCUUCAGUCUCCGAUGCCGAUUCACUCGUACUUGACAGACUUGCCUUCGACUUAAUGACGCGGAGGCCUCGAUGCGUGAAGUUUAUGAUUAGCUUACAUGUCAUUGAUAUGAGGAUAAGAAGUAAUUCGAGGGGUAUACUAUUAGUGGCUAUGCAUAUGAUAAGUUAAUGUUGACGUUAUAGCAUGAGCGAUGAAAACGAAGAGUACAACACUAGAAGAUAUAUUA